CUUCACUAACAGUGUCAGUGGUGUGAAAGAGUCCCUAACUGAAUUUUCUAGAUCGUUCUGCUAUGGUAUAUAUAAGCACUUGUGUGAGCGCUGCGAAGUAAUAACGACGGAGGUUUUUGUUUUGAGCAUUGGUAUUUUUCUGUAACGGUUUGCGUUUUUUGCAGUUUUAGAGGACAUAAUGGAGCUGACUAUUCAUCAGCCUUGGAUGCGCAGAUCUCCCUUUUCUUUUCCCUCGUGGCCAAGUCGCAUCUUUGAUCAGCACUUUGGAGAAGGCUUACUGGAGUCUGAUUUGUUGUCUUCUUUAAUGUGGAGACCACCUUUAAUGCGCGUCCCAAGUUGGGCGGAAACUGGACUUUCUGAGUACAAACUGGAUAAGGACAAAUUCUCUGUUCACCUUGAUGUCAAGCAUUUUGCACCUGAAGAGCUCACUGUAAAGGUUGUGAAUGACUUUGUUGAAGUACAUGCAAAACACGAGGAGGUCCAGGAUGAGCAUGGAUUUGUAUCACGGGAGUUUCAUAGACGAUACAAAAUCCCAGAAGGUGUUGAUGCAGCUGCAGUUACAUCUUCGCUGUCACCUGAAAGGGUACUCUCAAUUUCGGCACCUACGAAGAGCAUUAAACCUGCAGAGGAGCGCAGCAUCCCAAUCACUCUCCAAGAUAAACCUGCUGAAAAAAAGAAAUGAACUGUAAAGAUAGGGCAUUAAAAACUUCAUUUUGCAUGGUGGGUGGUGGUGGGGUUAAGCAUAAUAUAGCACAAGAGCUUCAUGUGCAGGAUAGAUGUUGGCCUAGCAACUGAAUCCUUGUAUGACUGUCAAGAUUUGGGUUAAAACCUGAACAAGUGACAGUAUUGAACUGCUUAGCCAUUUCCAUGCUGCAUAGCACUCGCAGUGUUUUGCUAUGUGUCACACGUAAUGAACAGGUGUAUUUUGGCAUUUAUGGCUUCCUAUUAAUGUGGGAUAGAUGUACUGCAACCUGAUUCUAAUUUUCUUUGGGGAAAUACUGAUGGAAGUUGUGUAGCCUGUGAGGAAAUGGAAUUUUUCACUGUACAUAAAAUCUAGUUUGUAUGUGCCUCAAACAUUCUAGUCUCUUAAGGAUGCUUGGCUGUACACUUUAAGAAAUGUUAUUUUCAGUUCUGUGUAAUUUAAUAAAUCACUUAUUUUCAAACUAA